UGACAUGUGUUGUGACUUAUUCAUCAUUUACUAUUUUUUUUCUUUUCUUUUUUCUUUUCUUUUCUUUUCUUUUUAUUUCUAUUUCUAUUUCUAUUUCUAAUUCUUUUUCUUUUUUAUUUUGAUUACCUUAUGGAACUGCCACAAGUUGGAAAACAUUGUCAACUCUCAGAUUGUAAUUCAUUAGACUUUUUACCUAUUGCAUGUCCAUUCUGCAAACAAACAUUCUGUGGUGAUCAUAGACUUCCUCUAUCUCAUCAAUGUCUUCAAUGGAAUCAAGUUAACAACCAAUUAGCUCAAUGUAAUGUUUGCCAACAUCUUAUUAAAGCACCCGAGAGCAUGAAUCCUGAACAAGCGCUUGAGAAACAUAAAAUAUCAUACUGUCAAUUAUAUUUAUAUUCUAAUGAUACAAGCAUGAAAAAGAUGAUUAAUCGAGAUUGUGCAGUUGACGGCUGUCAUGCCAUUGAUCCUUAUAUAGGGCCUGUUCAUUGUAACGGAUGUGAACAAGAAUUUUGUUUAGCACAUCGAUAUCCUUCUUCACAUCACUGUGUUUCGUUAAAUGAAAAUGAGCAAAAGAAACAAGAUAGAAAGCUUGCAGCACAAGAAAAACUAUCGAAAACAUUCCAUCAUAAUAAGCCUCUUGUUGAAAGUAGUCUUAAGAUAAAAAAAGCAAUAGUGAGUAAGAAGCCAGGUGGUAUAGUAGAAUUAAUGAAGAUGAAAUCUCAAGCUAAAGGCAUUGAGGGUUCUUCUAUACCCAUUCAUUCUCGUAUCUAUCUUUAUGUUAGUUCAAAGGAUUCAACUAGGCCCGUAUUUUUGAAUAAGAAAACUUCAAUUGGAAAAGCUUUAGAUUUAAUUGCAGAUGUUUGUAAUAUAAAUAACAAGAAUAAUACCUUACCAUCAUCUGAUCCAGAGAGACUAGAAUUAUACAAAUACCCAGAAAUGGUAAAACUUGAUAAAUCUGAUAUUUUAGAGAAUGUAUUACAGAACUUGGACACAGUAUUGUUAGAAAGACAAGGAAACAUUGUUACUACACAUACAUGUUAAUACACUAAGAAGUUCCUUAUUUUACUCUUUCAGAAUAAAUUAUGAUAGAAAAAAAAAAGACUUGUGUCUAUAAUUGUACACUUUAUAUAUGAUAAUAAUCCCUCAAUUGAUGAUAAAGAGUCAUUGUAACCAAUUUUAUAUAAACUCUCUCUCUCUCUCUCUUU